AUGCAAAAGCGCUGUUCUUUUCUGCCUCCAAGACCACCAAACAGAACUGUAACACCUCCACACUUCUAUAUCCGCACUACCGGCUACUCCACAACCACCAACCAGACAGUUUCUCGUCAACCAACAAUCGCGCACCUCUCAACAACUGCACCGCACCCAACUCACCAAUCUGACCAUCAAUUCAUCCGCACCAAGCCUCCGCUACCCGACACCGCCAGAUCCACGACACCAUCCUCUGACCAUACGCUUUGCCACGGGGGUGGUGUUGUUCUUCGAGAGAGAAAGAACAAAUCUCCAGGACAAGCAUUUCCAUUAGGUGUAUCACAAGUCGACAACGGGAUCAACUUUGCUAUAUUUUCACAACAUGCAACUGCUGUCGCACUUUGUUUGGUCCUUCUUGAAAGGGAAAGCAUUGAUACACUGGAUGGUGGUAUGAUAGAACUGGCUUUGGACCCUCAUUUAAACAAAACAGGGGAUGUUUGGCACAUAUGUAUUGAGGAUCUUCCUGGGAGCAAUGUUUUGUACGGGUAUCGAAUAGAUGGAUCUCAAGACUGGGGUAAGGGGCAUCGGUUUGACAGAAGCAUUGUGCUUGUUGAUCCUUAUGCAAAACUAGUUGAAGGUCGUAGAUAUUUUAGGGAUAUUAGCAAGAAGUUGUCUAAGUUUCUGGGCACAUAUGAGUUUGACAGCUUGCCUUUUGACUGGGGAGAGAAUUAUAAGCUUCUAAAUAUUGCCGAGAAAGAUCUUGUUAUAUAUGAGAUGAAUGUACGUGCAUUUACAAUGGAUGAAUCUAGUGGAUUGGAUAACAACAUUCGUGGAAGCUAUCUUGGUGUGAUUGAGAAGAUCCCACAUCUUCUAGAGCUUGGUAUCAAUGCAGUGGAGUUGCUGCCUAUCUUUGAGUUUGAUGAGUUGGAAUUGCAAAGGCGACCGAAUCCUAGAGAUCACAUGAUUAAUACGUGGGGUUAUUCAACAAUAAAUUUCUUUGCUCCUAUGAGUCGCUAUGCUAGUGCUGGAGGAGGACCAGUUAAUGCUUCCCAAGAGUUCAAGCAAAUGGUUAAAGCCUUACAUUCUGCUAGCAUAGAGGUUAUUUUGGAUGUUGUCUACAAUCAUACUAAUGAGGCUGAUGAUCCCAAUCCUUACACUACUUCAUUUCGUGGCAUAGAUAAUAAGGUUUAUUACAUGCUAGACGACAAAGGACAAUUGCUGAACUUUUCUGGCUUUGAGGAACUGUGCUUUUUUUUUCUUCAGGGUUGGGAUAAUGCUACCAUUGCUGGUUCGAUUCUUUACAUUAAGAAAUACCUUGCUUUGCAAACAACUAUGGAAGGGCUUGUGGUGGCCAUGUCGCUAAUUGGAGCUACUGUCAUUACGACUUGCUCUGGUCCCAUCUCAGAUUGGCUUGGUCAGAGACAAAUGUUGAUAAUCUCACCCGUGCUGUAUUUCUUGGGUAGUUUGGUGAUGUUAUGGUCUCCUAAUGUUUAUGUGUUGUGCUUAGCAAGGCUGCUUGAUGGAUUUGGCAUUGGCCUUGCCGUAAGUCUUGUUCCGGUUUAUAUAUCGGAGACUGCUCCCUCCGAUAUAAGGGGAUCGUUGAAUACACUUCCCCAGUUCAGUGGUUCUGGAGGAAUGUUUUUAUCAUAUUGUAUGGUUUUUGUGAUGUCAUUGAGUGCCUCGCCUAGCUGGAGAGUAAUGCUCGGGGUUCUCGUUAUUCCUUCUCUCUUCUUUUUUAUAUUGACAUUAUUCUUCUUGCCCGAGUCUCCUCGAUGGCUCGUGAGUAAAGGAAAGAUGCUAGAAGCUAAAAAGGCUCUCCAACGAUUACGUGGCCAGGAAGAUGUGUCAGGUAAUGUUACUAUAUCUAAACCAAUUUCAUCCAUUUGA